AUUUUUAGUGUGUUUGUUCCUGGUUUUGAGUAAAGGUACAGAAACAGUAUAUAAGUGCUGGUGUCAGGUUUGAUCCACACCUCCACACGGGAAGGCUGAAGAUACAAGCUGAUACUGAUAAGAAGGAAGAGAAGAGAAACUAAACAUCACCAUGAAGCUGCUGACUGUGUCUACACUUCUCUGCGCAAUGGUGUCUCUGGGCACUGCUGCUGCACGUCGAGCUAAAGUGGCCAGUAAUGGGACAGAGCCAUUAAUUCCAGCAGGAGAACAUCAUGUUGCAAAGAGAGCAGCAUCUUGUCCAAGCGGCUGGACUCAGUAUGGGAAUCGAUGCUUUCUCUACAAUAACCAUCAAAUGACUUGGUCUCAGGCGCAGAGAAUCUGCCAGACCAUAAAUGCAAACCUGGCAUCUGUACACAGCUACGAGGAGUAUCAGUUCAUUCGAGGCGUCAUAUCUAGUGCCACUCAUGAAAGUGGACUAACAUGGAUUGGUGGCUCAGAUGCUCAACAGGAGGGUUACUGGUUUUGGAUGGAUGGAACCCGUUUCACAUUUACGCAAUGGUGUCAGGGAGAACCUAACAACCAUAGGGGAAACGAGCAUUGCUUGCUGGUGAAUUUUUCAGGAAGCAAGUGUUGGAAUGAUGGGACAUGUGACAGCCGAUUCCCCUUUAUUUGUGUCAGGGUCAUCUGAUGAUUCCUUGGCUGUCAUGAAAGCAUGGCCCACCUGACGACAAAGCAAAUAAUCUCAUAUAUCACAAAAAUAAUCUGCUUUUGAUUUGAUUUACUUCUUUUCUUUUACUGUAAAGCUGCACAAGGAAUGAAGCGACAAGUGACAUAAAUUGGAGUUGCUCUUUUAACAGCAGCAAAUUGCAUGUGUACUUGAAAGAAUGCUUUUGGCAAAUCUUUAUUUCCUAGAAUGAAUUGUUGUUUUUCAUCUUCUUCAUCAUUAAAAUCUUAAGCAUUGAA